AUGGGUAGAUUGACCGCACCAGCGAGACUCCCAUUGCAAAAUGGAACCACGGCUACGCUUCUCAAUGAGCCACACGCCGUCGGAGAAGAUCCCACAACCGUUCUGUCUGAGUUGUAUGCUCCCUCCGUAACGGCCAAGCUGUGGUCUGUUGCUCAGCAGACAUUACAGAUCGACACCAGCCCACCUAUACUGUUUCCGGAGUACACUCACCCGGGUGGCAGCAAAUACGUCUACCGCGACCGGAAAUUCUGGACAUCAGGCUUCUUCCCAGGGAGCCUAUAUCUCCUCCUAGAGCGACAGAACCUCCACGACAACGCCCACCUCGCCGCGACCCACGACGUCGGCUUCAUGACCAUGCCCUGGGCCCGGCCGGCCUGGGAGCUCCGCCGCGACGCCCGAGCCCUCGAGACCCUCAGGGCCGCCGCGCACACCCUGCACGGCCGCUGCAGCGCCGCCGUGGGCGCCAUCCGCUCGUGGGACUCGUGCGUCACGCGCGCCUACAGCUUCCGCGACCCGGCCAGCGAGUUCCUCCUCAUCAUCGACAACAUGGUGAACCUCUCCCUGCUCUUCUACGUCGCGGCCCGCACGGGCGACGUUGCGAUGCGCGACGCCGCCGUACGUCAUGCCCGCACCACGCGGCGCACGCACGUCCGCGCCGACGGCACCACGGCGCACCUCGUCGUGCUGGACCCGGAGAGCGGCGCGGUGCGCCAGGCCCUGACGAACCAGGGGCGGCACCACGGGAGCUGCUGGUCGCGGGGCCAGGCGUGGGCGGUCGCCGGGUUCGCCGAGGCGUGGGGGUGGACGGGGGAGGACGAGUUCCUGCAGACGGCGAUCCUGUGCGCCGAUGUAUUCCUGGAGCGGAUGCCGGAGGGCGAUGACGCGGUGCCGCCUUGGGACUUCGAGCCGGCGCCGGCUGGGGCUGAGGACAAGGACGGGGCACGAAGAGAGGAGAAAGACAAGAAGAAUGAAGUGGAGCCGACGGACACCAGCGCGGCGAUGAUUGCCUCGUACGGGUUCCUGCUCAUCUACGAGGCGCUUAAGCUGCGGCGAGGUGCCCACGCGCAGAAGUACCUCGAUGCGGCUCUCAGAAUCACGAGCGCGGUGUGCAAAGGGUAUCUCACACCGCGCGCCGAGUUCGUGCCCCAAGGUGGCACACCUAUCCCAUGGCCAGGUGCAUGGCUCUCGGGCAGAUAG